AUGAAUUUAAAAGGCGAAUCAGAAUCCGAUAAAGAUCUGAUCAUUUAUUCUCUCAAUGAAUCACUUCAAAUCUAUAAAGACACAGUGGAGCGUAUUCAGGGCGAAAAGGAUGAUCUUGAAUUUCAAUACGAGCAAACGAAACGAGAAGAAGCACAGAAGAUGGAGCAGGAAAAGACGACGCUGACACAACUGAAAGCUUCUACGGAGGAAAAGCGGGCCACGUUGGAAUCCGUGUAUCAACAUUUGAUGAAAGAAUUGGCGGCGAAAAAUCUGGACUACCAGAGAAUGGAGAGCCGAUUCCAUUCUCACAAAAAUAAAGGCGCACAACGAUCAUCAGUGGAUGAAGAGCAAGAUGAUGUGGAUGGAGGCAAACAGAUGAGUAUUCAGGAACAGAUCUUGACCUUGUUAAAGCAGGUGGAAGAACUUUGUCAACCAUUAGCAGCAGCAUCAGCAGCAGCCAAUAGCAAUGAUAAAGGCAGCAGCAAGUCAAAGAACAGUCAUCCAAUGGACGGUAUCUAUUUGGAUAAGAGGAUGAUUCCACCAUUAGCUGAGAGACUUAUGAUGCAGAUCUUGAUGGAUAAAAUUCUAUUCACGUCCAUUUACCCUGGCGUGUCAAUGAAUAAAGCAUUCGGAACAAUUCAUAAAUGGGUGGACAAAAGAAAUUACACGUGGGCGGCUCGAUUAAGACAGCAGAUCAGUGUAUUCAUUGUCAAACAGUCUACAGAAGAAAAGGAAUCCAUCGAUAAAGCCAUUGAAUCUAUCUUGGAAGCAGGCUAUGACCAAUUAUGCACGUUAUACAAUCGACUGAAACGAAAAUGGUCAGAAAUAGUUCGACGCGCUUUGAAACUAACGCUGGCCAUUAAAGAACAGGAUGACCCAAUUAUACUCAUCCAUCCUGUAGAUGAGGGAGCUAUAUACGAUGAAAAUACAAUGAAAGCUGUAAACAUCAAAGAGAAGAAUGAGACUGAGGGGGAAGAUGGCAGCGAAGGAAUGGCAUCCGUCGCUUUUAUGAUUACACCCAUAUUUAUGACAUCACCUUACUGUGAAGAUCCUGAGAAGGUCUUUGUGGUUCCAGCCAAAGUUUAUUGCGAUACUACUACACACUAA